AUGGUUUUUGAGCAGAGGCGAGAAGUCAUCAGGGUGAAUACAAGUGAAAGAAGACUCUAUUUUAGUGAGAGCCCAGUGUCUGAAAUUUCUGCCUAUAUUGGCUGUCCUCUAGCUCACUCAGGACAGAGUGUUUGUGUUUGACAAAUCAGCCUGAUUUUUUCUUUUGUGUCCGCCAUACAUAUUCCUCACGUGAACCGCCCUGGUAAGGCAGAAUGGGGAGAUAAGGGGGGCUUGAAGCACCCCAGUGAGCUGUUCAGGGAGUGCAGAAGGCUGCAAAGCCAGCCGGAUCUUGCCAGGUGGCUGCAGAGAGUCAGUCCCAGUCCCUACAAGCCAGGAGCUGGACCGUCCAUCCAGGCAGAGCCUGAACCAGAUCCAGGCAGCUGGGCCAAGUCCCCGAGGCUGUCCCUGGGACCAGAAGGUAUAACUAGAGGGAAGCAUGGAUUUAAAUUCCAGGGCAUAAGACAAAAGCUCAUCAUAUCUGAGGAGAAGGAGCUGAAAAUG